AUGGGUGGUGGGGUGGUGGACUCCUGCAAUGGGCUCGUCCUCUUGAACAACUCCCGCAACUCCGGCUCCGGCUCCGAGCCCCGCCCAUCGUAUGUCGUCUGCAACCCUGCCACCGAGAAGUGGACUACCGUGCCAGGAUCAACCCAUGCCGGCAAGAUCUGCACUGCCAGCAUCCUGUGCUUCGACCCGACCGUCUCCCCGAAUUUCCAUGUCGUUCAGUUGCUGGACCGGGAGUUCGACGAGGCCGACGAGGAGGAAGACUGGUUUACCGAGGAAAACAAGUUCGAGGGGUUCAACAUCUACUCGUCUGAAACUGGGGCCUGUGUUUUCCAUCCUCACAACAGCCAUUGGUCUCCUGUUGCCCACCGGAGCAGGAUGACCUUCUUCAACGGCCAGCUGCAUUUCGUCACCGACGAUGAUGGCGCGGUCGCUGCACUGGACAAGAAAGGGCAGACACGCAGGGUGAUUCCUGUCCCGCGGAGUGGAGAGGUCCAGCUCAUUGGCCAUUCUCAGGGGCGCCUGUUCUACGCGAACAGAGAUGCUCGUAACGCCUCCAAGCUGUCGAUCUAUGUGCUGGGGGAGAACGGCUGCUUGACUCUGAAGCACUGUGUCGACACUUCAGGCAUGUUUGCCGGUGAAGAGUAUUUGCAGUCUGGGCUGUUGGGGGAAGUGGCCGCCAUUCAUCCGCACGGCGAUUCCAUCUUCUUGUUUGAUUCGUUGCAGGGAAGGUUGAUGUCAUAUGGUAUGGGUAGCCGGCGAGGUCAUGUCAUCCGCAGUGUCGAAGAAUCCCCGCUGUGGUCAUUUGUACCGUAUGUUCCAGUCUACUUGGAGAUGGCAGCACUGGAAAACUCAAAGUAG